UCCACAGGCGGUGUAUUAUUGUGCGCAGUCGGUCAACGUGCAGCUCGACCGCCGAACACUUUUCUGCACCGGCGUGGUUCGUUGUGUCGCCCCAGCCGGAACUCAGGCGUCGGAAGUUGAUUUAUUGUCAUAUUGAAAACUAUGUCAGGGUGAAAGCGGAGCGACGGGCGCCGGCCUGGACUGCGAACAGCUGCAAGCUAACAGCAGCUGUACAGCGGCGGACACGCGCACACAGUGCGGCGGCGCAGCGCGGCGCAGCGCCCGCCUCGCGCAGCUAGCUAAACGUUACAGCUGUUUCACGAGGCGGCAGCUCGGACCGACCCACCGACCGACCGACCCCCGCCGGAGUCUGCUGCGUCCACGGGCCGACAGACAGACAGACAGAGAGGGGAGCAGAUGAACGAGCUGGUGAAGAGCCUGCCCUCCCCGACCCUGCCCGGGCUCCACCUGCCGUGCGUGGACACCUGCAAGGGCUGGCUCUUCAAAUGGACCAACUACCUGAAGGGCUACCAGCGGCGCUGGUUCGUCCUCAGCAACGGCCUGCUGUCCUACUACAGGACACAGGCAGAGAUGGCACACACCUGCCGGGGCACCAUUCCCUUGGCCACGGCACACAUUGAGGUGGGCGACACCUGCCACUUGGUGUUGACCAGCGGAGGCCGGAGCUACCACCUGAAGGCCACCUCUGAGGCGGAGAGUCAGCGCUGGGUGUCGGCUCUACAGCAAGCCAAGGCCAACGCUACUCUCCUGAUGCAUCACUCAGAUGACUCAGGAGAUGAAGGCCCUGUUCCUCAGGAGGACCGUGCCCUAACCCAAGGGGUGCUCAAGACUCUGGCCAGCAAGCUAGAUGACCUGAGCACCUGUAAUGAGCUGAUUGGAAAGCACGGCGCCGCCCUCCAGCGUUCCCUCAGCGAACUCGAGGAACUGCGCGGGUCCGCUGACAGCGCAGACAAAGUGAAAGCCGUGAACGAGCGAGCCACCCUGUUCCGCAUCACCUCCAAUGCUAUGAUCAAUGCUUGUCGUGACUUUCUGGACGUAGCAGAAUCUCAAAGCCGGAGGUGGCAGAAGACCCUGCAGUAUGAGAGAGAACAGCGCCACCAUCUGGAGGAGACCAUCGAACAGUUAGCCAAACAGCACAACAGCCUAGAGAGAGCCUGGAGAGAGAACCCCUCCUCGUAUUCAGGUGUGGAGCGGACUCAGGAGGGGGAUGAGAGUGAUGAGAAUGAUGACGCAGAGUUCUUCGAUGCCAUGGAGGACUCUCCUGCAUUCAUAACUGUGACUACUAGUGGUGACAUUAAGCACAAGCGCUCAGGGAGCAAUCAGAGUAUGAUGAGCGGAGGAGUGCCCAAUGACUGGACUCACAAUGAGAAUGACAGCUCAGUCACAAACCACAUGCAGCUGCGAAGAACAAGACGCAGCCGUAUUCCUGACAAACCAAAUUACUCCCUCAACCUCUGGAGCAUCAUGAAGAACUGUAUUGGCAAAGACUUGUCCAAGAUACCCAUGCCUGUAAACUUCAAUGAGCCGUUGUCGAUGCUGCAGCGUCUGACUGAGGAUCUGGAGUACAGCGAGCUUCUGGACCGAGCGGCCCGCUGCGACUCGUCUCUGGAGCAGAUGUGCCUGGUGGCGGCCUUUUCUGUCUCCUCGUACUCCACCACAGUGCAUCGCACAGCCAAGCCCUUCAACCCUCUGCUGGGGGAGACUUAUGAGCUGGACCGACUGGAGGAAUAUGGAUAUCGCUCCAUCUGUGAGCAGGUGAGUCAUCACCCACCAGCUGCCGCCCACCAUGUGACGUCUCAAAGGGGAUGGACGCUGUGGCAGCAUAUCACUAUCGACAGCAAGUUUCGUGGGAAAUAUAUUUCUGUUAUGCCGCUAGGACACAUCCAUCUGCAGUUCCACUCAAGUGGAAACCACUAUGUGUGGAGCAAAGUGACGUCAACGGUGCACAACAUUAUCGUGGGAAAACUUUGGAUCGAUCAGUCGGGGGAUAUUGAUGUUGUGAACAGCACUACCAAGGACACUUGCCGUCUCAAAUUCUCCCCCUACAGCUACUUCUCCAGAGAUGUCCCACGCAAAGUGACCGGAGUGGUUGAGGACAGAGAGGGCACAGCUCGUUACAUCCUGUCAGGAACCUGGGACGACAAGAUGGAGAGUGCCAAAAUAGUGGACAGCAGCCAAGGGUGUGGAGGCUCUGAGGGCAAACAAAAGACAGUUUAUCAGACUCGUCAGCCCAAACUCUUGUGGAAGAAAUAUCCUCUCCCCGAUAAUGCAGAGAACAUGCACUUUUUCUCCUCCCUGGCUUUGACUUUGAACGAACAAGAAGAGGGCAUCGCACCCACUGACAGUCGUCUACGGCCGGACCAGCGUCUAAUGGAAGCAGGUCUGUGGGAUGAAGCAAACACCCAGAAGCAGCGACUGGAGGAAUGUCAGCGGCUGGAAAGGAAAAAACGGGAGGCACAAGCAAAUCAGGCCCUGGAGGAUGGGCAAGAUAUCGAGGGUUACCAGCCACUGUGGUUUGAGAAGAGGACAGAUGAUGCAACAGGAGAAAAUAUUUUUGUCUACAGGGGCGGCUACUGGGAGGCCAAAGACAGACAGGACUGGACCCAGUGCCCAGAGAUCUUCUAAAACAAAAAUUCCCCUUUCACCACGGCAUCAGAGAGGCUGAGUGGUUUCUCCUGAUGUAAGGACACUUUGUGAGUUACUGUACAGAGGAUUGUUUGUUUGUGUUUGCGUGUGUGCGUCCGAGUGUGUGUGCAAACGUAUAGCCCUCACUUCAUCAGCUCAACAUCAAGCACAAAACAAACUCCCUCUAAUCUACUUUAUUCUGUUGUGUCAUAGCUCGUGCUUGGCCUCAGGUUGUGUACACUUCAGCAGACAAAAAAAAAAUUCUAAUGUGUGUGUAUGUGCGUGUGGGGCUGUGAGGUUCUGACUUAUACUUUAAAAAAACACAUUUCUUUUGGUGGGUGGGAAUAACUUAGGGGACAAGGAGUGCUGCGAAUGUUUUGGUACAAGCACUGAAUGUCUUGUUCUCCUCAUAGCUGGAACAUGUUCCUCAUGCUGGGUUCUGACAGAGACAUCAGACUUUGAAAGGACCAUAGCAGGAUAAAGCAAUCCUAAUGCGCUAAAAUGAUUUUUCACAGCAGAACUUCAUUCAUUGAUCACCCUGAUUCUUGUGGAUUUUUACUAUUCUAUUUCUUAAAAAUGCACAAACUGUAUUUUUAAGGAUUGACAGUAAUUGUCCAGUCUGACAGGCUUAAGUGAGCUACUUAGCCAUGACAACCCAAGGAAGAUCUCCUUCUCUUUGGAUGGACAACUGAUGAGAACACAGUGCUGUUUUAUAGGUAACAGCAGCACAUGAUCUUAAAAUGUUAUUCAUGGUUGCAUUUAGGGGGCAUUCCUAUAGUUUUACAUGUUAAAGUCAAUUUACGCGAAAUGAAGAGUGUGAAAUUUGAAAUUUUUCUAGGCUGAGAGGGUCAAAGUAAAGGCACUGUGGAGUUACACUUGGGGAAAUGUAGGAUAUAUAAUUUUUGGAGGUUGAUACACAUUAGAGGAUAUAAAUCAGGAUAUUUCUGCCUCUGGUGCAGCAAUUUCAACUUCUCUUUUUUAAUUUGUCUCUUCAUCGAAGUUCAACACUAAACCUACCACUUCAAAUAUCUGGAGACUCAACCAUCAGAGUUCUACUGAAGUAUAAAUCUGCUAAACCUUUGGAUUUUCUCCAGCGAGGGAUUAUAUUGGUGCUUGAUGGUAAUUUUGGUCUUAAUUAUGUAAUUAAGUAGUAAUUCCGCAGUAACCACAGCAGAUUAUAGCGGUCUGGAAAACUAUGUUUUCCUUUUAGGGCAAUUACGUAUGUAUUCUUCAGGGUGAAUUUUAUUUUAUUUUACUCAGGAUAUCAGGGUCCGUCGUCUUUGUAAGUGGCAACAAACUUGUUCCCCCUAAUUAGAACAGUUAGCUCUAUCAAUGCUUUCUAUCUUUAAAUUUGCAUCAUUUUAUUCGGACAUGUUUGUAAUAGCACAACUACACAGUCACUUGAGAAGAAGCUACUCCCUGGUCAGAAAGGUGUUCUAUGCAGCACAAAAAAAAGUAUGUAUUUGUAUCAGUGUCCAUUUAGCAGAAUAAUAGUUCUGUGCAAACAUCUGAUUUAUACACAUCAGUCCAGAGCUAGAAAACAAUUAGUGUAAGGCUUUUUUUGUGUAAAAAUAAUCACUGUACAUUAGAAGUGAAUAUAGAUUCUCUGAAUAAACAAUAACAAGCUGUUUAUUUUGAGUUUUCAGCUUCCUGUGUAUUAUAAUAGGGCAUGGUGCACAUGUACUACCUGGUUUGUUUUGGCCUGUAUAUAGCAAGAAUAGAAUAGAAAAAGAAUCACCUAACUUAUAUUCACUGUAAGAACAUAUUGUUUGACAUUACUUGAACAUUUAUAUUCCGGUCACAAUUUAAACACUAUUUGUAUAUACAUAAUCUUAAAUGGAGUUAAGAUUGUAUCCCAGUUAAUGCAAUGUUGGGGAAUUGAAAUGAUGUAUAUAGGUUUAUAAGAUAACAGUACACAAUAUUGACAAUGCAACUUAGGUGUUGUUCAAAUAAAGCACAAUGUCAUGUUUACAUGCAGGUAUUGGUACAUGCUCCAUAAACGCAAAGGUUUCCAUGGCAAUAUAUAGCUAUGCAUGGUAUUAGAGUCUUUUCACCUAGCUUAUUGUAUGUGGACUCAUGGUGAAAUAUGAUGUGAACUCUACCUUUUGUGCCCAAAAGCCUCAAAAAUUUGACAUUUUUGAGCCCAAAUAAAACACAAAGUUGUCACCGUCA